AUGGAUACGGUAAACAGUAUAGCCAACACGGCCGCUAAGGCUGUCUGGGGUACGAGCAGCCAGCACGGCUCAGAGCCUGUCUCGGGACAGACAGGCGACACCUCCAAGGGCGAACCGUACGAUGCCGGCAACAUAGAGGGCCCCCAAGCCCAAUCCUCGAAGGCUAGAGUAAACAGCGGCCCCUACAAGUCGUCUAAAGGGACGCCAGCAAGUUCUUUCUCAAACUUAAAAUCAAGGAAAGGCGCGCAAGCCCAGGAGGACGAAGGCUACGCAGAAGCUCCGCAGACCCAUGCGAAGGCUGCGUCCGCAGAUGCCGAUGAGCGCGAGGACGGCGUCGAGGAGGACCGGAAACUAGAUGGCCCCGGGCCCAAGCCACUCGACGAACUAGCACGGGAGCACGGCGGCGAUGCCGGCGAUCUGAGUAAGAGCGAGGAGAACCCUGCCAAAGGCAAGGGUGGUGGGGUAAAGGAGACCGGGAAAGAAACCAGCCCCGACAGUGAGAGCGCCGCUGAGGGGACCGGAGAGAAGUAUGUUAGGAGUAGCGGGCUGCAGGCCGAGGGCGGCGACUUCGACGCCACAAAACCCGGGGCCGGGCGGGAGGCCGACCGCCUUAUGGAGGAGAUGGGUAUGCACAGCGCGAACGCGGCCGGCGGCCAGAGUGGGGGUCCUAAAGGCGGGUCGACCGGCGGGGCGGCCAACAAGACGGAGAAGAAGAGCCUCGCUCAGAAGAUCAAGGACAAGCUACAUCACCAUUGACGUGCUGCUUGUCCCGUUGGUGGCAGCGCCGACUUAUAGGUAGUGAGCUUUUGUUGAAGUGGGCGCGAUGCGAUUUCCUUGGGCUGUCUCUAGUCGUCCACGUGCCUUGGUUACCGGACGGGAGGGUUGGCUAUGCUUGGCUUUGUGUGGGUAUACUGUACUGUUAUAAGCACGUGUAAUAACACGAUU